AUGAAGCCCAAUUAUUUCCUACCAAUCCUCGCGGCCGCGGGCAUUGAUGCCCUCCCUCUAUCAUCCAGCCUGUCCGAUGAAAGCACAUUUGGCAUGUGCUUUUCCAACUCCGAUUGUUCUGGCGAAACUCCCAUCUGUUACGAUUACACUUCCACCUGCGUUGGCUGCACUGUCAGCAGCAAUUGUGGAGGGUUCACUCCUAUUUGCGACACCGACACGUUGACUUGCGUCGCGUGUAUUUCAAGCGACGACUGCCCCGGGCCGAACGACCUUUGCGAUCCCAUCUCCAUGAGAUGUGUGGGUUGUAUAUCGAAUGCCGAGUGUUCGGGCUCAACUCCUGUGUGCGACCCAGAUAGUCGCAUGUGCGUUGCAGGAGUCAUCAGCUCUAUAGAAGAGGACCUGGAAGAGCCCAUCGAAGAACCCGUGGACGAAAUCCCAGAGCAGCCCACAGACGAGCCUUUGGAGGAACCUGAAGAUGAUGAGCUGGAGCAACCUUUGGGAGAGCCUCACCCUAUACUCGACGACCCCAGCGAAUUGGAUCUCCCUCCCCCCACUACGGAUGCUGAUCUCCCAUCCCCGGAUCAUCCUCUCAGCCCUGAUCUCUAG